AUGAAUAAGAUUUCGAAUUUUCAAAGAAAUAAACAUCCAUUCAACAACAAUGAAUUAAAUGAGGCACAAAUUAAUCAAAGAUUAAAAAAUAUUAAUUUAACUAAGCGUUUAAUAUCGUAUGAAAGGUAUAUAAGUGCCAUACCAAAAAACGAAAGAAGUAAUGAUUUAAAAAACGGUUGGCAUCCUGAAACACCUAGAAUUAAUAAACAUUUAAGUUUAUCGCAAUGGAAUAAAGAAGUUAAAAAAUGGAGAAAACAAGUUCAUGCAUGGGGGAAUAUAUCUGAAGAGGUUCAUAAGUACAUAUGUAGUUUAUCUUCUUCAGAAAAAUACAAUUAUUUGUCUAAUUUAAAAUUACCUGAGUUAAGUCAGAGUGAAAUAAAAAAUUUAAAAAAAAAAAAUGAAGAAAUUUCAGAUAUAGCAUUAAGAAAUAUUUUAUUUAUUUCAGAUAAAAAAAACCCAGAUAAUUGUGUUGAUAAUAUUAUAAUAGAUAAACCAUUAUUUUUUCUUCCCCAAAAUUUCAAUGGUACUAUAUUAAAUAAUGAAUUUAUAAUCAUUAAACAAAAUUAUUUAGAAAAAUCACUAUUUUCAUUAAAAAAUGAAUACGAUGAAAAUUAUGAAUAUUUAUUUGAAAAAUAUUAUAGGUUAUAUUUUUUGAUGAAAGAUUUUAAUUUAAAUAAUGAAAAUAGAGAAAUAAAAACAAAUGAUAUUAUUGUUAUUUCAAAAAAAAAGGAACAAUCUAAAAACAACAAUAAUAUAAAUGCAGUAAACGAAUACAUGGAAAACCAAAAAAUAGAAGCAUCAAAAUAUUUAUAUUGCUCUAGUAUGAAUACGGAGAAAAAAAACGAAAAAAAAAAAAGAAGAUUUUAA